AUGGCUCUGGAAGACAAGAAAGGGUUCAUCCAGACGCGAUUGGAUUCGCUAAAUGAAAUAGACAAUAACAUUGUCAAGUUGCUUGAUAACAUAGGCUCUGUGUUUAGCACGUAUGUUGAGCCCAGUACCCUGGACCUGCAAGACCUCAGUCGAACCAAGGAAAAGUUUGUUGCGGGUACCAAGCUGAUAUAUUCGCUUCUAGGCAGUAUUGCCAUUGGGCUACGGAAGGAGGUGAAGAUUAUGGAUGAGAAUAUUGGUGUUUACGAUAAAAAUGAUGAGAAUGUCAUGAUCUUGCCUAUUAGUGUGGACCAGAAACAUACUUCCUUGGGAAGAGACAGACUAGAUAAGGAGGUGAAAAAUAUGGAGCAGCUUGUUAAUGCUGAGAAGGUUGGAAGUGAUGAUGAAGUUCAUCCAAAAGUCGAAGACCAGGAUGCCAUGGAUAUAGUUGAGCCUCAAGAGCUGGAAAGUGUCCAAGUGGAACCCACCGAACCUGAAGCUACCCAGCCAGAGCCUGAAGUUGCCCAGCCAGAGCCUGAAAAGAAGGAGCAAUCUGAGCCAAAGAUGGACAGUGUACAAGAAGAAAAGACUGAUUAG